AUGGCCAAAAAAGCCAAGAAACCAAACAAGCCGGUUCAACUCAUCCAAUUACUAGUCAACAAAACCAUCACCCCGGUGUUGCCUGUCGAGCCAAUCACCCCAGCCAAACUCACACUUUCCAAGCCAGACAAACCGCUGAAGCCCUUGGAGCUGAUCAAACUAGCUAUCAAACCUAGUGCGCCGGCUCUCAAAGCACCUAUUGCUCCGAUUCCUGUUAAACCGAUCCCACCUACUGCUCCAACACCCAUCAAGCCAGUACUAUUGGCUAGGCCACUCACACGAGUGAAACCAAUUGAAGCACUUCCUAACAAACCUCUGACGCCUGUGAAGCUAACUAAACCAGUAUCCCUCAAGCCUACUGUCCCGGCUUCCAAAAUGCUCAUUGCCCCGACUACUACCAAGCCUCCUUCGCCAAUUUCAGCCCUGCCAGCACAAAUUCCUACCAAGCCUCCUCCAACAAUUCCACCAAUGGCGGCACAAGUUCUUACCAAGCCUUUCCCGGCAAUUUUACCUAACCCGGUUCCAAUUUUUACUAAACUCCCAGCCCCUAGAAUUACAUCCCAACCCGCAAAAACUCCUGCAAAGCUUCUCAUGGAAAUUUUUCCUGUCCCCCUGCAACCCAAGACGCCCAUCUCAGUCACUGCGAAGCCAGUUGUUCAUGUUCCCAUCAAUGCGGUGAAUGUGAUGCUAAGAAAACCUUUGGGCCAAACUUCUAUCAAAUUCUCUUCCCCUGCUCCUCAGCCCCCACCUUUCAAGCCGGCGGCAGUGAUGCCUUUCAAACAUUUGCUACAAGCUCCUACUCGAACCACAUCUCUUCUUUCUCCGCCCUUGCUUGUUCCGGCGCAGACCAUCACCCACCCAACUUUGGUCCAAACUCCUAUUAAACCCUAUUCUUCUAUUCCUCAGCCCGCACCCGUUGCCGCUCCUCCGUUGCAUAUCCCUGCAACAAACAUUGGUUAUGCCGCCGUACCUGCUGUCAGCCAACCAGCUCAAAUCCCAACUACCAUCCACCCACUCCCUGUUGCCGCACAGCUUGACCACACGUCUGCUGCACCGGCCAUCGCGCAAAUUGGUGAAAGCCGUGUCCUUUCCGACACGAAAGCUUCAGAACCUCCAUCCAAAAACAUAACUCUUACCCAAGCUCGACAAGCAAUCACUUUACCUACCAAUCUAACUACUACUCCAGCUACGCAAGCAACCACAUCACCUGCCCUUGAAGCUGGAGUAGCGCAAUAUUUACCACAGCCAGUCGUAUAUUCACCGCAGCGAGAAGCCCUUGCAGCUCAACCCAUUCCCUCAUCUCAAAAUUCAACUCAGCCAGAAGCCCUGGUAACCCAACCCAAUGCUACAUCCCUGGUUCAAGACUCGAUCCCACUGCCAGUGUCUCCUCCAACCCCAACCACAGAAUCAACUUUACCUCAAGAUGCAACACAGCGAGAAGCUCUGGCAACUGAACCCAUUGCAACACCUCAAAAUCCAAUGCAGCCAGAAUCCCCGGUAACUCAACCAGACCCUGCUGAAGACUCGAAUACACCACCAGCUUCUCCGCCAGCCCCAACCACAGAAUCUGAUUUACCUGCCCCAAUCAACCCUGCUCCACAAGAUACUGUCCCCAGUGUUGAUACCGCCUCAUCUCCCACUGCAGACGGUACUAGCAUGAUUGCUCCGGCUCCCGAUUUGCCACAAGAAAAUGUUCAAGUUGACGAUCCCCCCUCGCCUACUAGCACUAUUUCCCUGGCCAACAUUCAAAGCGCAAGCACCACUAUUCCUGAUCAAUUCUUCCCUCCCAUCAACGGUACACUAGAAUUGGUACCUAAUGCUGCCUCGCUAAACAAUGGUAUGCUUCUCAAUGACGGCACCAUACUCAGUGAUGCCGCACUGGUCAACAAUAUUACACUACACAACAACUUGCACGGCAUUAAACUAGCAUCUACUUCCCCUAACAAAUUAGCUGCUGGACCCUCUUACCAUAGUGGCGCGACUGUUGGUGGUAUUUUUGCAAGUUUUGCUUUGAUUGCCAUGCUACUUGGGAUAUUUGUGUUAGCUCGUCGGCGCCGGCCCAAAAACUUAAAGGUGGAUAACGGCAUCAAUGACUUUAUGCAGGCUCCAUCAAAUUGUUCACCACCACCAAUGACUCAGGCACAUUCUCGGAAAAGCUUUGAUGGUACCUCUGACACCCUAGACCCAACGCUAUCUUCAGGCGACCCAGUCACACGGUUUUCACAUGGAGGGGUUGCCCUGCUCAAACACCUCGAGAGCUUGAAGGUGGGUGAAGGUAUACCCGACAAAAUCAUUUCGACUCCCGCCCACUUUGGCGAUCAAAAAACUGUGCAGUUCAACGCAGGCCACCAGGAUUUCUCCCAAGCGGCCGUUGAACAGACUCAUGGGCAUCCUAUAGUUAAAUGA